AUGCACAGAGAUGUCGAGGUAUAUGUGGAUGACAUGAUAGUGAAGUCCCGAGACAGGGCAGAUCACUUAGCAGCACUACAAAGAUUCUUUGAGAGGAUCCGACAGUUCAGGCUAAGAUUGAAUCCCAAGAAGUGUACCUUUGGGGUGACUUCUGGGAAAUUACUAGGACACAUCGUUAGUGAGCGUGGUAUAGAGGUUGAUCUCGAAAAGAUCAGAGCCAUACUUGACAUGCCUGCUCCGAGGACUGAGAGAGAGAUUAGAGGCUUUCUUAGCAGACUACAGUAUAUCAGUCGUUUCAUUGCUAGAUUGAUAGACAUAUGCGAGCCUAUUUUCCUUCUUCUGAGGAAGAACCAGCCUAUAUUUGUCUCAGUGACCAGUAUUGCAGGAUGGCGAUUGUACUUUGAUGGUGCUGCCAAUCAGUCGGGGUUUGGUAUAGGUAUCCUAUUGAUAUCACCUCAGGGUGAUCAUAUUCCCAAAUCAGUGUGGUUGGCAUUCUCUGAUCAUUAUCGACUGACGAAUAAUAUUGUUGAGUAUGAGGCGUGCAUCACAGGUCUGGAGACUACGCUAGACCUUGGAGUCAAACAGUUGGAGAUCCACGGGGAUUCCAACUUGGUUAUUCAACAGACUCAGGGUAUUUGGAGGACUUGGGAUGAGAAGUUGAAGCCCUAUCAUGCUUAUUUGGAUUUGUUGGUUGAUAGGUUUGAGGAGUUGAGAUAUAUACAUCUGCCUAGGGCAGAAAAUCAGUUUGUUGAUGCGUUAGCCACUGAUUACUACCGAAAACUACCAAGAGUCGGGAUAUCAGCCACCUUGACUUCUGUGAUUAAGAUUCCUGCGGGAGUGAUUGUGCGACCAUUGCUAAUUGAGACUAGGUUUGCACCAACUUACUGUUGUUUGAUUGGGGAUAUUGAGGACCAGGAUGAGUUGUCCUGGUAUCAUGACAUUUAUCAAUUCCUGUUAUGUGGCGCUUACCCUGAGUCAGCCUCAACCAAGGAUAGGAGAGCUUUAAGGCAGCUAACCACUAGACUCAUGAUUUGUGGAGAGUCCCUGUACAGACGAUGGCCCGAGGGCUUAUUAUUGUUAUGUUUAGACCGUGCCUCUGCAGAUCGAGUGAUGAGAGAGGUUCAUGCAGGAGUUUGUGGCCCACACAUGGGAGGAAAUAUGUUGGCCCGAAAGAUUAUGAGGACAGGUUAUUUCUGGUUGACCAUGGAGGCAGAUUGUUGCCAGUUCGUUCAGAGGUGCCCAAAGUGCCAAAUGCACGGUGAUCUCAUUCACGUGCCACCUUCGGAGUUGCAUGCACUCACAUCCCCUUUGCCAUUUUCAGUGUGGGGUAUUGAUGUUAUUGGAAAGAUCUCGCCCAAGUCUUCCAGCGGGCACGAGUACAUCUUAGUUACCGUUGAUUAUUUCACCAAGUGGGUGGAAGUUGCUUCUUAUGCUAGAUUGAGAGUGGCCAGGGUGGCCAAAUUCAUCAAGUCGCAUAUUAUCUACCGAUAUGAGGUUCCCCACGAGCUGAUUUCCUACAAAGGGGUGCAUUUCAGGGGCGAUGUGGAUACAUUGAUUCAGGAGUAUGGCAUUCAGCAUCACAGCUCGUCUGCGUACAGGCCGUAG